CAAUGCCAGCUGUUCAGAACUAGCCCAAAUACGUUUUGCGACGAUAUAGCUUAGUAAAGCAGGACCACGUCGUCUUUUUAGUAUUUUUGUAGUUUUGUUUAGUAGGGCAUUGGUCUACAGAGAUGUCACGUUGUGCCUCUGUUUUUGACAGCUGUAACAGUUGACGGCUGGUUUCCAGAGAAACGGAACAGAGCGCUCGCUGUCAGAACCACCGGGAUUGCGCUUUUAUGACGGGGACGCGCUUUAACAUAGGAAAAUGUGACACAUCGUCCAUACUGGAGCAGAUUAUGUGAACUCCGAUGAAGAAGUGGACCAUUCUGAAUUGUUGACAAGGUCCAAGCACCACAAUGCCUCAGGUAGCAGUGGGAUGGAGCCUGUCUUUGGAGAGGCGUAUGGGACUCAGCCAUUCACCAUUUCUCCUACAGGGGGCAGCACAGAGUCAGACCGGAGUGUGGUGGUGAUGUUGGGGGCUCCUGGGCCGUCCCUGUGUCGGGGCCUGCAGCCCAGAUGUGAGCUUCUCAGUGAUCUCCUGGAGGAUGUGACCUCCGACGACACACACACCUAUGAUCGUCGCUGGGAUGUCUCGGCCCUGGACGAAAUCACACACUAUGCCAAAGGCAGCCCAGAGGGGGCUCCACUGAUCUGUGAGAGGUCCUCUGUGUCACCUGAGAGAGGCAGGGAAGUGCCGUGGUUAUCCCCAAGAUUAGGGGGCAGGCAGACAAAGAACCCCACAGACCCCCCACCCUAUGUGGGGUUGGGUCCUGGACGACUCCCCCUAGCUGGGAGAUAUCCGGAGUCCUGGAGCCUGGAGGCGGGAGGAGGGGAGAGUGAAGCCAUGGAAGAGAUGCAGCAGUUGGGGCAGUGAGGAGAUAGGAUUGUUGUCCUGUAGUUCUGGAGGUCCACAAUGAAGAACAUAAACUACUCACUACCCAGUGAGCCAGACACUGAGUCUAGUCAAGAACCAGACAGCGAUGUUAGAGAGUGAAGGAGAAGAAGAAAGAAGGUAGGAAACGGGAAAAGGACAGAGAGGAACUGAAGGAAGAUAAGAAGCUCAGUCGUCAUGUUAGACCAAAGAAGCGCCGGUGUUGCUGGGAAGCUUUCCUCAAACAGUAAUGGUCAAAUAUGGAGAGAGAUGGAGAGAGAGACAAAGGAGGAGAUGAAAAAGGGAUAUGGAGAAAGAUGGAGGUAAUUUAAUCUGGGGCCCUACUACCCUACCAGCACCCGGUGCCUGGAGGAGAAGACCUCCACCAAUGGUACGACCUCAUUGCACUUUAUCUGUACAAAAGACACACUGUCCUCGAAAAUAGGUUCUUAUAGAGACAUGUAUUUAUAAAAGUGCUCCGAGUUUUCACUCUUCUAGUGCUAUGUAGUUGUUACAUUUGAUCCUCUUAACCAUUUCUUUUUACAUUUUGUUAUUUUUUUGUCAUCUCAUUUUGUCAUAAUUCUCUGCAUAGAUUUAAACACGUUUUAAAAUCCC